AUGGAGGAAUAUUCUGUUAGCGAAAACUUAAAGCUAGACCAUAUGCACUUGAAUAGGAAACUGUUAAACAAAACAUUGUAUGAACUACAAUGGUAUGUAGUGCCUGAACUCUCUGAGAAGGACCAUAAAGGAAGCAUGGGAAAAAUAUGCAUUGUUGGAGGGAGUGAAAUAUACAGUGGUGCACCCUUCUUAUCAGCCAUGAGUACUUUGAGAUUAGGAGCUGAUUUGUGUUUCGUUAUCACUUCAGAAGGAAGCGCAAUUCCUAUAAAGUGCUACAGCCCAGAGUUAAUUGUAUACCCAUAUUUACACAACAGAAAAUCCAAAAUAAAUAAUAUACAAGAUGGAGAAUUAGGAAAUUGUAUUGAAUAUUUAAUGAACAGAAUUGAUUGCUGUGUUAUUGGACCAGGUUUGGGGACUAUUGAUGACUGUGUAACGAAAGCUUGUCUCAUAUAUAUUAUAAAAAAUUUCAUAAAAAAAAAUAUAUUCUUAAUUCUUGAUGCUGAUAUAAUUCAAUUUGUCUUAACAAAUGAAGAUAUAUUUUGUCAAAUCAAGAAUUAUGAACAUUGUAUAUUCACACCAAAUCAUAAUGAGUAUAGAAAAAUGAUUUCAUAUUUCACCCCAAAUGAAAAUGUGCAGUUUGAUCAAUUGACGUCAGAUCAAAUUAUUAUACAUGCACAUAACAUGAUGCGAAUAUUUAAUGGUCCAAAAAUAUUGAUUAAAGGAUUUUAUGAUAUUUUUAUUUCCAAACAUUUUUUUUUUGUUUCCUUUAUUCAUCCCCCUUGCUUAAAGAGGCCAGGUGGCCUCGGAGAUAUUCUCACAGGAGUACUAGCAGUUUUUCUCACAUGGGGUAUGAAAAAGAAAAAUAUUUUUUCUCUGACACUUAAGGAGAUGCUCCAUAUGGAAAAUGUGAACGAACAAAAUGAAUGUCUAGAUAUUCUAUCCUCCUUUUGUGGAAGUUUUUUCCUAAAGUAUGUAUGCAAAGAAGAAUUUAAAAAUUAUCAUAGAGGACUUAUAGCUUCAGACAUUAUCAAACGCAUUCCAUACCACUUUCACAUUCUGUACGACACAAUAAAAUAA